AUGGCGCCUCUGCCCAUCAAGUUCCAGGAGCUCGUCCAGCUCGCCAAUGUUGGCGUGGACACCCAGAGCAUCGGCUUUAACUCCUGUACACUCGAGUCCGAUUCAUACGUCUGUGUUCGAGAGCAAAAGAGCGAAGCCGACAAACCCGACGUUGUUAUCAUCGAGCUCAAGAAUGGCAACAAUGUUACCCGACGGCCGAUCAAGGCCGACAGUGCUAUCAUGCACUGGAACCGACAAGUAAUUGCUCUUAAGGCCCAGUCUAGAACCCUGCAGAUCUUCGAUCUUGAGCAGAAGAAGAAGCUCAAGUCAUGCACCAUGAACGAGGAUGUCCAGUUCUGGAAGUGGAUCAGCGAGAACGAGAUUGGCCUUGUCACGACGUCUAGCGUUUACCACUGGAACGUCUACGAUGCUGGUCAAGACGCCCCCGUCAAGGUGUUUGAGCGCAAUGCUAACCUCAAUGGCUGCCAAAUCAUCAACUAUCGGGUUAACAGCGAUGGCAAGUGGAUGGUGGUAGUCGGCAUUUCGUCCCAGCAAGGACGUGUGGUUGGUGCCAUGCAACUCUACUCCAAGGAUCGUGGAAUCAGCCAGGCCAUAGAAGGUCAUGCGGCUGCCUUUGGCACCCUCCGCCUGGAAGGUGCUCCCCAAGAUACCAAGCUUUUUAGUUUCGCUGUACGAACCGCCACCGGUGCCAAGCUACACAUCGUCGAGGUCGAUCAUCCCGAGUCGAAUCCAGUCUUUCAGAAGAAGGCUGUCGACAUGUUCUUCCCCCCCGAAGCCACCAACGAUUUCCCCGUCGCUCUCCAGGUUUCGCAGAAGUACGGUGUUGUCUACAUGGUUACCAAGUACGGUUUCAUCCACCUUUACGACCUUGAGACUGCCUCAUGCAUCUUCAUGAACCGAAUCUCGAGCGAGACGAUAUUUACCACCUGCACAGACGAUGGUUCAUCUGGUAUUGUUGGUAUCAACCGAAAGGGUCAAGUCCUUUUCGUGACCAUUGAUGAUAGCAACGUCAUUCAGUACCUUCUACAGAACCCCGCCAACACUGAUAUGGCUAUCAAGAUGGCCUCUCGAGCCGGACUUCCUGGUGCCGACAACCUCUACGCACGACAAUUCGAGCAGCUGUUCAACACGGGCGACUACCUGGCUGCCGCUAAGGUCGCUGCCAACUCUCCUCGAGGUUUCCUCCGAAGUGCUGAGACAAUUGAGAAGUUCAAGCGUCUGCCUGCCCAGCCCGGUCAAAUGGCUUUCACCCUUCAAUACUUCGGAAUGCUUUUGGACAAGGGCUCCCUAAACCGCCAUGAGACCCUCGAGCUUGCACAGCCUGUUCUCCAGCAGAACCGCAAGCACUUGCUUGAGAAGUGGCUGAAGGAGGGCAAGCUGGACUGCUCUGAGCAGCUCGGUGACAUGGUCAGACCUUAUGAUGUGAACAUGGCCUUGUCCAUCUACCUCAAGGCCGAGGUUCCCCAGAAGGUCGUUGCUGGCUUCGCUGAGACUGGCCAAUUUGAUAAGAUUCUUCCCUACUCCGCCCAGACUGGCUUUCAGCCCGAUUACAUCCAACUGCUCCAGCACAUCACUCGUGUCAACCCCGAGAAGGGUGCCGAGUUUGCCAGCGCUCUUGCCAACAGUGAGCAAGGCCCAUUGGUCGAUUUCGAGCGUGUAUGCGACAUCUUCCAAGGACAGGGCAUGAUUCAACAAGCCACUGCCUUCUUGUUGGAUGCACUUAAGGAGAACAAGCCUGAGCACGCCCGUCUCCAGACCCGUCUUCUCGAGAUGAACUUGAUGCAUGCCCCCCAGGUUGCUGAAGCUAUUCUUGGCAACGAGAUGUUCACUCACUUCGACAAGACUCGCAUUGCCGAUCUUUGCGAAAAGGCCAACCUUCCCCAGAAGGCUUUGGAGUUGUACGAGGAUCCUGAGGCCAUCAAGCGAGUUGUUGUUAACAUCCCCGGUCAACCAAACUUCAACCCUGAGUGGCUUACCAACUUCUUCGGCAAGCUCUCCGUCGAGCAGUCCCUUGACUGUCUCGAUGCCAUGAUGAAGGCGAACAUUCGCCAGAACUUGCAGUCAGUGGUCACCAUCGCCACUAAGUACUCGGAGCUGCUGGGUGCUGUUCGCCUCAUUGACCUCUUUGAGAAGUACAAGACUGCUGAGGGUCUUUUCUACUACCUCGGCAGUGUUGUGAACCUGUCAGAAGACCCUGACGUUCACUUCAAGUACAUCGAGGCCGCGACCAAGAUGGGUCAGUUCAACGAGGUCGAGAGAUUGUGUCGCGACAGCAACGUCUAUAACCCCGAGAAGGUGAAGAACUUCCUUAAGGAAGCUAAGCUUCCCGAGCAGCUUCCCCUCAUUAUUGUCUGUGAUCGCUUCAACUUCGUUCAUGACUUGAUCCUGUACCUGUACCAGAGCCAGCAGUUUGGAGCUAUUGAGACCUACGUCCAGCAGGUCAACCCCAGCAGAGCCCCCGAGGUUGUUGGUGGUCUAUUGGACGUUGACUGCGAUGAGAACGUCAUCAAACAGCUUCUCAGCUCGAUCAACCCCCAGAGUAUCAACAUCGAUCAGCUGGUGUCUGAGGUUGAGUCUCGAAACCGCCUCAAGCUUCUCUUGCCCUUCCUGGAGGCCACUCUUCAGGCCGGCAACCAACAGCAGGCUGUCUUCAACGCUCUUGCCAAGAUCUACAUCGACUCUAACAACAACCCCGAGAAGUUCCUGAAGGAGAACGAUCAGUAUGAUACUCUUACUGUUGGAAAGUACUGUGAGAAGCGUGACCCCAACCUGGCUUACAUUGCCUACUCCAAGGGUCAGAACGACUUGGAGCUUGUCAAUAUCACCAACGAGAACUCUAUGUACAGGGCUCAGGCUCGAUACCUUUUGGAGCGAUCUGAUGCUGAGCUGUGGGGUUUCGUCCUGAGUGAGAACAACAUCCACCGACGCUCUGUUGUCGACCAGGUCACCGCUACCGCCGUCCCUGAAGCCAAUGACCCCUCUAAGGUGUCCGUUGCCGUUUCCGCUUUCCUUGAGAAUGAUCUGCCUCUUGAGCUUAUUGAGCUUCUCGAGAAGAUUGUUCUCGAGCCCUCACCCUUCAGCGACAACCAGAACCUCCAGAACCUCCUCAUGUUCACUGCUGCUAAGGCCGACAAGGCUCGUGUGAUGGAUUACAUCCACAAGCUGGACAACUACAACGCCGACGAGAUCGCCACCAGCUGCAUCGAGGUUGGUCUCUUUGAGGAGGCUUUCGAGAUCUACAAGAAGGCCGACAACAAGUCUGCCGCGGUUGAUGUUCUGAUUGAGAACGUUGUCAGCAUCGACCGUGCUCAGGCAUACGCCGAGGAAGUUGAUCUCCCUGAGGUCUGGAGCAAGGUUGCCAAGGCUCAACUCGAUGGCCUUCGUGUUUCUGACUCCAUCGAGUCCUACAUCAAAGCCGAGGAUCCCAGAAACUACCUAGAGGUCAUUGAAGUCGCCACACACGCCGGCAAGAACGAGGAUCUCGUCAAGUACUUGCGCAUGGCCCGCAAGACUCACCGUGAGCCUGCCAUCGACACAGCUCUCGCCUUUUCCUACGCUCGCCUUGAGCAGCUGUCUGAACUUGAGGACUUCCUCCGCGCCACUAACGUUGCGAACAUCGAGGAGUCCGGUGACAAGGCUUACGAGGAAGGCUUGUACGAGGCGUCCAAGAUCUUCUACACUAGCAUCUCCAACUGGGCCAAGUUGGCAACCACCCUUGUCCACCUCGGCGAUUACCAAGCCGCUGUUGAGUGCGCUCGCAAGGCCAACAACAUCAAGGUGUGGAAGCAGGUCCACGAGGCCUGUGUGGAGAAGAAGGAGUUCCGACUUGCUCAGAUUUGCGGUCUCAACCUGAUUGUCGACGCCGAGCAACUUCAGACGCUGGUCAAGGAGUACGAGCGCAACGGGUACUUUGAUGAGCUUAUCAGCCUUCUCGAGCAGGGUCUUGGCCUUGAGCGUGCUCACAUGGGAAUGUUCACUGAACUUGGUAUUGCUCUUUCCAAGUACCACCCUGACCGUCUGAUGGAGCACAUCAAGAUCUUCUGGUCUCGCAUGAACCUGCCCAAGAUGAUCAAGGCCUGUGAGGAAGCUAACCUCUGGCCUGAGCUCGUCUUCUGUUAUUACCACUACGACGAGUUCGAUAACGCCGCUCUUGCCGUCAUCGAACGACCUGAGAACUCCUGGGAUCACCAGCAAUUCAAGGAGAUUGUGGUGAAGGUUGCCAACUUGGAGAUCUACUACCGUGCCAUUAAGUUCUACGUUGAGCAGCAUCCUUCCCUCCUCACCGACCUCCUUGCCACCCUCACUCCUCGUAUCGAUGUCAACCGCGUUGUCAAGAUCUUCCAGAAGAACGACGAUCUUCCUCUCAUCAAGCCUUUCUUGCUCAAUGUGCAAUCUCAGAACAAGCGUGUCGUGAACGAGGCUGUCAACGAUCUCCUCAUCGAGGAGGAGGACUACAAGACCCUUCGCGACUCUGUCCAGAACUACGACAACUACGAUGCCACAGAGCUGGCUAGCCGCCUGGAGAAGCAUGAUCUUAUUUUCUUCCGCCAGAUCGCCGCUUCCAUCUACCGCAAGAACAAGCGAUGGGAGAAGUCAAUUGCUCUGUCCAAGCAGGACAAGCUUUACAAGGACGCCAUCGAGACCGCUGCUCUUUCUGCUAAGAUCGACAUUGUCAGCGACCUCGUUCAAUAUUUCGUCGAUAUUGGCCACCGUGAAUGCUACACUGGCAUGCUUUACGCUUGCUACGACCUCAUUCGCCCUGACCUUGUCCUGGAGCUUUCAUGGCGCCAUGGUCUUAUGGACUUCUCUAUGCCUUACAUGAUUAACAUGCUCGCCCAACAAACUAAGGAGCUUGCUACUCUGAAGGCCGACAACGAGGCUCGCAAGGCCAAGGAGCAGGAGAAGGAGAAGACCGAUGAUAACACACCUAUUCUGGGCGCUUCACGGCUCAUGAUCACAGCGGGUCCUGGGGGUAUGGGUUCUACCCCCUCACCCGCACCAUACGGUCAAGCAAAUGGUUUCGCGCCGCAGCCCACCGGCUACGGUUUCUAG